GCAGUGUUGUCACUGGGUUGGAUUUCUGUCGGCCGAUUUAUUUUAUUUUACCCGAACCUCCUUAAAGCAGCUUUGGGUCUGUAAUUUCGCUUCAUGCCCGCUGUGUAAGUGUCCCCAGCUCUAAGGCAGUGUGUAUUAAGAGCGGCUCUCGGCGAUGUUCGGGGUUGUUUUGUGUUUGUUGUGUUUGCUGAACAUUUCCGACCCGGUUCUCGGUUACUUUCCCGAAGAGCGCUGGAGUCCUGAAUCUCCUCUCCUGGCUCCGAGGGUCGUCGUUGCUCUGAUCUGCCGAAAUUCGGCCCAUUCUCUGCCUUAUUUCUUCGGAACCAUUGAGCGCUUGAACUACCCGAAGGAGCGGAUCGCGCUGUGGGUUGCGACUGAUCAUAAUGCAGACAACACGACGCAUCUGCUGCGAGACUGGCUCGUCAGCGUCCAGAAACUGUACCACUACGUGGAGUGGAGACCUAAAGAGCAGCCGAGCGCGUACGGAGAUGAGGAAGGACCCAAACACUGGACGAACCACCGAUACGCUCACGUGAUGAAGCUGCGGCAGGCUGCACUGGAAUCAGCCCGAGAGAUGUGGGCUGACUAUUUACUGGUGGUCGACUGUGACAAUCUCCUGAUCAACCGAAAUGUGUUAUGGAAGCUGAUUAAGGAGAAUAAGACCAUCGUUGCCCCGAUGCUGGAGUCUCGAGCAGCUUAUUCCAACUUCUGGUGUGGGAUGACUUCUCAGGGUUACUAUAAGCGCACGCCUGCAUACCUACCAAUACGCAAGCAGGUGAGGAAAGGCUGCUUCGCCGUGCCCAUGGUUCACUCCACCUUCCUGGUGGAUCUGCGUAAAGAAUCCUCCAGACUCCUGGCGUUUCACCCUCCACACGAUGACUACAGCUGGGCUUUCGAUGACAUCAUAGUGUUUGCCUUCUCAGCUCGAAUGGCAGAGGUGCAGAUGUUCGUGUGUAACAAAGAGUUUUAUGGGUUUUUACCUGUUCCCCUGCGCUCCCACAACACUCUUCAGGAUGAAACCGACAGCUUCCUUCACACUCUCCUGGAGGUCAAUGUGCGACACCCCCCUGUCGAGCCCUCCAGGUACCUCCACCCUCCCGUCAGACAGCCUGAUAAGAUGGGCUUUGAUGAGGUGUUCAUGAUAAACCUGCAGCGUCGGACCGAUCGACGAGAGCGCAUGCUCCGAGCGCUCCGCAUACAGGGGAUCGACUGCAAGAUAACGGCUGCUGUCGAUGGCAAAGCCAUGAAUGUGAGCGAGAUCCACACUAUGGGGAUCCACAUGCUGCCGGGCUACAGUGACCCCUACCACGGCCGGCCUCUGACAAAAGGAGAACUGGGCUGCUUCCUGUCUCACUACAACAUCUGGAAAGAGAUUGCUGAGCGUGGCCUGAAGACCACUCUGGUGAUCGAAGAUGAUCUGCGCUUUGAGAUUUUCUUCAAGCGGCGCCUGAAGAACCUGAUGAGCGAGGUGGAGAGAGAAGGGCUCGACUGGGACCUGAUUUACAUCGGGAGAAAGAGGAUGCAGGUGGACCAUCCGGAGAAAGCCGUGCCAAACAUACACAACCUGGUGGAGGCGGAUUAUUCCUACUGGACGCUGGGGUACAUGAUGUCAUUACAAGGAGCAAAAAAGCUGCUGAAGGCAGAACCGCUGAGCAAGAUGCUGCCUGUGGAUGAAUUUCUUCCCGUCAUGUUCAAUAAACAUCCUGUCUCCGACUACAUGGAGCAGUUUGAGACGCGAGACCUGAAGGCAUUUUCGGCUGAGCCUCUGCUGGUCUUCCCGACUCACUACACAGGCGAGCCGGGCUACAUCAGUGACACAGAGACGUCCACCGUGUGGGACAAUGACAGCAUGCGCACAGACUGGGACAGAAAACGCUCACGCAAGACUCACGAGCAGGACGAGAUCAGCACGGAGGCUCAGAACACAGACGUGCUGCAGUCUCCACUGGACAGCACGGCGAGGGACGAGCUCUGAGCCAUGCUCCAUCCCAGACACUCCAUCCAGACAGGGAGGAAGUUCUUCAGAGAGUCAUAUUUUUUAACAUUAUCACACUGUUUGUGCCUUUUGACUGACCAAAGAAAGACUUUUUUCAAGUGUUUGGUUCAAGGUUUUAAAAAAAAUCCUAAACCUUUGUCUUUAACCAUUUUUGAUGAUCAUGUGACCAUGUGAUUUAAGCACUCUGUUAAGCACACCCUUCGCCUGCUGUAGUCGACUUAUUUCAGUCCUAAGGCUGAUAACAGACGAGUCGUAGAUUUGGUUCAUUUGGCACUGUUAGGUUUUAUGAGUACUAUUAGUGAUGUUAGGGCAAUCAUCCUUUUUUUCGUGCAUGGUGAUAAUUUUUUUUUUUUUAAAUACUGUAUUGUCCAUCUAUGUAUCCACAGGGGGAACGACAAACAUUUGUGUUAGUAUUUUAUGUUUCAUCACCAUCUGUACAAACAUAUCAUCAUGAAAACUCCACAAAUGUCCAUCUUGAGAAGAGGCAUUUGGUUUUUAUGGUAAAAUUAGCGAUGUGAAAGGAAAAGAAUUGGAAUUGAAGCAGUCACAUUGAGUUGUGUAACUGAUAUGCCUUUAAAUGAAAUAACACUCCAA